CACCACAAGCACAACACAUAAUCAAGAACUACCACCCAACAAUUGCUUUGCUUGCUUUAUUUAUUCAUCAUUUAUUUAUUUUCUGCUUAAACCCCAUCGCACACUUUUGCCUUUCUCUCUCUAUUUGCUCCCGCUUGGGGGCCCGUAUUUUCAGAUUCAACUCCCGAAAACUUCAAUCUUUGUUCUUUCUUUUCUUUUCUGCUGUAAAUUUCUAAUCGAAAUUGAAAACCGAUACGUAUGCUUUGAUUGACCAUCAAUGGCCCACAAUUUCCGCCUUAUCUUGUAUUGCAGUUUCACCUCCAGCAUUUGAACUUUAGGGUUCUGGUCUGUGUGUUGAUUUCUGCUUUUCUGCUGGCGAUUUUUGAUUAAUAUGUUAGCUAGUUUUUCCCGAUCGCGGUCAGAUCUUGAGACGUCCUGAUCUGGCUGAAUAGUUGGGAUUUUCGACAAAAAUGGAAAGUUGAGGGACGCGCCUCUGGUUCACAAAAUAUCACAAAAAUUGCAGCAGCAUUCAAGUUAACUUGAAGAAAGGCAUUGAAUUCGUUAAAGCACCUCGUGAUGAUAAAGAACAUUCUAAACAAGCUUCCUCGCAAGCAGACCAAGCUAGUGGAAAAUCGGGAUGGCGGCCCCUCCAACAACUAUCCCACCAAUGCUUCCAGAAGCACACACCCCUCCAACUCCCGCCUGGCCAACCCAACACCGAACAAUGCCAGCAGGCUUCCCCACGACCACCCGCUGAACGCAAAGGAAAACGGGAACACCUCAUACGACCCUCUUCCCAGCUUCCGAGACGUACCAAACUCGGAGAAGCAGAACCUUUUCCUAAAGAAGCUGAAUCUAUGCUGCACCGUGUUUGACUUCACGGACCCCACUUCGAAGCUGAAGGAAAAGGACAUCAAGCGGCAAAUCUUGGUUGAGCUUGCCGACUAUGUGGCCUCGGCCAACGGAAAAUUCACGGAGACUGCUAUGCAGGAGAUUGUCCACAUGGUCUCUGUGAAUUUAUUUCGCUCGGCCUCUGCUCAGGCUCGGGAAACCCGAGCCUCUGAAGCCCUUGACCUGGAGGAGGAGGAGCCGCUGAUGGACCCUGCGUGGGCCCACCUUCAAGUCGUGUACGAGCUUCUCCUCCGUUUCGUGGCCUCUCCUGAAACGGACGCCAAGCUGGCGAAGCGUUAUGUGGACCACUCUUUCGUGAUCCGGCUGCUCGACUUAUUCGAUUCGGAGGACCCCAGAGAGAGGGACUACCUAAAGACUGUUCUCCACCGCAUAUAUGGGAAGUUCAUGGUCCACCGCCCUUAUAUCAGGAAAGCCAUCAACAAUAUUUUUUACCGGUUCAUAUUCGAGACCGAGAAGCACAAUGGCAUAGCCGAGCUGUUGGAGAUUCUGGGGAGUAUCAUUAAUGGAUUCGCGCUGCCACUGAAGGAGGAGCACAAGCUUUUUCUCGUGCGGGCUCUUAUUCCGCUGCACAAGCCCAAGUGCAUAUCGGCGUACCACCAGCAGCUGUCGUACUGCGUGACACAGUUUGUGGAGAAGGACUGCAAGCUGGCGGACACUGUCAUCAGAGGGCUUCUUAAGUAUUGGCCGGUGACUAAUAGUUCGAAGGAGGUGAUGUUCUUGGGGGAGCUUGAGGAGGUGUUGGAGGCAACCCAGCCACCGGAGUUCCAGCGGUGCAUGGUGCCUUUGUUCCGGAGGAUUGCGCGUUGUAUAAACAGCUCGCAUUUUCAGGUGGCAGAAAGAGCCCUCUUCUUAUGGAACAACGAUCACAUUGAAAACCUCAUCAAACAAAACCGUAAGGUCAUACUCCCAAUCAUCUUCCCCUCACUGGAGAAAAACGCACGGACCCACUGGAAUCAGGCUGUCCAGAGCUUAACCCUUAAUGUCCGUAAGAUAUUUUCGGACUCGGACCCUGACUUAUUAGGUGAGUGCCUGCUCAAGUUUCAAGAAGAUGAGUCCCAAGAACAGGAAAUCAAGACCAAACGAGAGGCCACCUGGAAACGCCUAGAAGAAAUAGCCACGGCCAAAGCCCAUAGCAAUGAGCCGGUUCUUGAGUCCCUACGGCCAAACAUGAAAAUGCUGUCUGGGUGAAUAGAUUUGAGGCCCUAUGUUUUUCUAUUUAUUUUUUUUUUUUUUUUU